AUGGGAGCCUUAACCAGUAGCUGUCAAAGCGAAGAAGUUCGCGAACAAAUGGCCAAGAGCAGGGCCAUUGAAAAACAACUUAACCAGGACAAACGAGCCGGAUCCUCCAUCAUUAAACUCCUAUUGUUGGGUGAGAACUUGUUUUUAGGGGAACAAGAUGGCUUCUAGGAGUUUUUUUUUUGAGGAAAAAACAGUUCUUAAUGAAGAACUUUUUCGAAAUUUGAUUUUUUCUUUGAUUUUUUUUUCCAGAAAAUUUCAUUUUUUGUUGAAAAAAUAAGAAUUCUGAGGAUGAAAAGAAAUAUUUUUUUUAGAUAAUUCGAUUUUUGAAUUUGAAAAAAAUCUUUCAGAGGAAAAGUAUGGAUUUUGACAUUUUUAAAAAAUUAAUUUUUUUGCCAGGCCUAGUUUUGAAAAGAAUGGUAUUUUUUUAUUAAGAAAACAUUUUUUUUCAUAAUUUUAAAUCUUGAGGUAAUCUAAUUUUUUGUCUGUUUAUUACUGUAGCAUUACAUUGCAAUGGACUUUUCCUGCCAAAUUAAUUGUACUUAGUAGUUUAAUAAUCCUUGUUUUCGCUCUGCUUUUUUUCCUUUUUAUAAAUCCUUUUGUCUGCUGCAAUAAAUAUCCCUCCAAUUCUUCAAAUUUUCCAUUUUUCAGGAGCCGGAGAAUGCGGUAAAUCCACAGUCCUCAAGCAAAUGCAAAUCCUGCAUUCCAACGGCUUCACGGAAGAGGAGAUUGCGGAGCGAAAAGCAGUCGUUUAUUCGAAUACGGUGACCUCGAUGGCAGCCAUUUUGCGAGCCAUGGACAACGUGCUGCACAUUCCGUUGGAGGAUUCGUCGCGGGAAUCGGACAAACAGGUUGUUUACAGAGUGGUCGAGGCCGGCGACGAGCAGCAACCCUUCACAGACGAGGUCGCGAAAUCGCUGAUCAAUCUGUGGAAUGACAAAGGCGUCAAAAAGGCGUAUGAUAUGAGGAGUGAAUAUCAAUUGAACGACUCGGCCAAAUAGUAAGCACUUUUGCGAAAAUUUUUUAAAUACUUUUUAAAAAUUUUUUUUUGGAAUUACAAGGUCAAAAACUUGAAAAUUUGACUGUAAUAGAAUAUGCGCAAACUUUAGUAUAGGUUCAAAAUUUUUAUAAAGGUCCUAAAGCUGUCAUAUAGAACUAUUUUUAUCUUUAGUUUCUACUUUUUUUUAGGUUCUUUCCUGAAUUCUUGGCAGGAAGUUCAAAAAAUUCGACAUCUCAGCGAUCUUGAAAGCAGGUGUUAAUAAAGUUUCCUAACAAUCCGCAAAUAUUUUUUUUACAUUUUCUGCCCGUAAUCUAAGCGCAAUGGCCAAAAAAACCUUUUCUCUCUGCUCUCCACAUUUCGCAUGCUCUCUCGGCGGCAAAGUUUAUUGAAUUUCGUGGCCGCCUCUGCAAGGCGCGAGCUAGAAUUUUGAAAAAAUGAUAUUUGGUCUAAUUAUAAUACGUGUGUGCUAGAUUCACCCAAAAUCACUCGUUCUUGUUUUACUUGUUAGUGCGUAUAAUAGCACACUUUUUCGGACUACAACUUAUACUAAGCCCAUCAUCUCGACUUUUAACCGCCUAAAUAAUUCUCCAAGGACUCCAAAAUGCCAGUGACGACUCCGCUUUUUAACAAUUAUAUAACAUAAUACUACACUAUGCAAUGAGCGCUUGAAAUUUGUCAGAAAUUGUUUUUGACCUCGUCAUUAAAGGUUUUAGAAUAUGCAAACAUUUUUUGGGCAGCUGUUUCGAACUUUCGUUGUUUUUGCGGCCAAUUGCGUCAAUGACCAUGAACACGCGAAGCAUACUUUUUGAGAGUUAAAAAAGCUACUUGAACACGUGUCAGAUACGUAGUAAUUGUAAUCAAAUUAAUUUUGAAGCCAGAAAUAUACACUCAAGUAACGGAGCACACAUUUCAAACAUUUUUGAAAUUUUAAAUGUUGUAUUUCAAAUUUCACGGUAUAAAUACAAAAAAAAUUAUCUUUUUUUCAGUUUCCUCGACUCCGUUUCGCGGAUACACGAGCCCGGCUACAGACCGUCCGAGCAAGACAUUUUGUACAGUCGAGUGGCCACCACUGGCGUCGUGGAGGUCAAAUUCAAGAUCAAAGACCUGGACUUUCGAGUGUUCGACGUGGGCGGACAACGGUCCGAGCGAAGGAAAUGGAUCCAUUGCUUCGACAACGUGGAAAGUAUCAUCUUCAUCACGGCCGUCAGCGAGUACGAUCAAGUGCUGUUCGAGGACGAAACAACGAAUCGGAUGGUGGAAUCGAUGCAACUGUUCAGCUCGAUAUGCAACAGCUCUUGGUUCCUGAACACGGCCAUGAUCCUCUUCUUGAACAAAAAGGAUUUGUUCGCGGAGAAGAUUCAACGAGUCAACAUUACUACCUGCUUCCCGGACUACGAAGGUAAGGCUGGCUUUUAAAAUUUUAUGGAAAAGGGAAGUGCUCAAAGCGCGACGUUUAGAUCUUGAUGAGACUUGUGGCAAGUUUGGAUUGCUGUUUAAUAAGAAAUGUUUGAAAUAACUAGCUCGCGCGUUGCAAGACCAACCGAUAUCUUUAGCCCGAAAAUUCACGAAAAUACAUAAAGGACCUGAUCCAGUGGCAAAAAACGUACCAUUUUGCCUCCGGGAAGUAUCAAAAAUGUGGCAAAAUGGAUCCCUCUCCAAGUGAAAGAACUUCGUUUUGGAGGGCGCGCCCCUUUUCAUCACAAAAAGAGCGGUUGCGCUUUUGAAAUCCGUGUUUUUUCACUUGAAGAGGAGGUAUUUUGGGGCUAAGGUAGUACAGCCCCGCAGUCCAGUUUAGCCCCCCAUGACCCAGUACAAACCCCCUCGUCCAUUCUAAACCCCAAAAUUUAUUUCAAAGAAUUAAUCCAAGUUGUAUGGUCCAGCACAAGCCCCCUACGUUUUAGGUCAAGCCCCCUACGUUUUAGAUCAAACCCCCACUUACAUUUUUUGUCUUAUUCUUAUUUGUUCAUUAUGUGGGGUGUGAAACGGGCAAAACAGUGGGGGUUUGAACUUCCUUUCGUGGGGGGCUCAACUACCGAAGCCCCGGUAUUUUGCCAUAUUUUUUGAUGCCUUCUGGAUGCAAAAUGGUACGUUUUUUGCCACUAGGGCAGGUCCCCCACUGUACGACACUGUCGCACUUUUAACACUCUUUUGUCGGCUUGAACUUUAAAUUGAAAAGUUUGCAACCCAAAGAUUUUUGUAUAACGUUGGUCUCGAGCCCUAGUCUGCAUAAUGUAUUUCUUUAAAUCUCGCUCCUUUUACCUUUCUGGGCUCAUUUCUUCGUCUCUGUAUUUCAGAAGACAGUAAUUCCUGUCAUUUCAUUAGCACAUACACCUUCUCGGCUCUCUGAUUCUCUCAUGUCCUGCCUUUUCUCUCCUUGUCCUUACCUUUACCUGUCUUUGUUUUAUCGCAAAAAUGUGACUCAAGCACAACCUGACAAGUGCCCUCAAAGCCUACAAUUGGUUUACCUUUAUCUACAAUCACAUUAACUUUGUCAACCCCCUCUUUUCAGGCGCCCAAAACUACGAAGAAGCGAUGAAUUUCAUCAAAAUGAAGUUCGCUGAGCUAAACCAACAUCCCGACAAGAAGACGAUUUACAUGCACGAGACGUGCGCCACGGACACGAAUCAGGUCCAAAUGGUCAUCAGCAGUGUGUGCGACAUGAUCAUCCAGAAGAAUCUGCAAAAGGCAGGAAUGAUGUGA